AUGACUGACCCAGUUUACCGUGGCAGAGUCAGACUGAACAGACACACUGGUUCACUAGAGUUACUAAGUGUGACUGUGAGUGACAGUGGACAGUACACAGUGACCAUAACCAAAACUCUUAAUGAUCCAGAGAUGAGAGGCAAAACUACACUAGACGUGAUUGAGAGAAUAUCUGGAGUUUCCCUCACUGGUCCAGCAGAACCCCUUAUAGAAGAUCAAAGUUCUGCUAAUUUAACCUGUGAGGGAAUUGGCUCCAUCAUCACCACAGAGUGGAUGAAGGAUGGUCAACCUCUGUCUCCUAGCAGCAGCAUCAUCUUCUCUGCUGAUCUGAGAUCAGUGUCCAUCAGUCCAGUGAGGAGAUCGGGCAGUGGAGAAUACCAGUGUAGACUCAGUAACCCUGUCAGCUCUGACAAUGCAGCCUACACAAUGACGGUCAACUAUGGACCAGAGAACGUUUCCAUCAGUGGACAGAAUGAGGUGGAGGUGGGGUCAAAGGUGACUCUGACGUGCUCCGCUGAAUCCAAACCUCCUGCCUCCUUCAUCUGGAUGUUGAAUGGAAGAGAAACAGGAGAAACUACAGCCUCAUAUUCCAUAGAGGAGAUUGACUCCACACACAGUGGGAAUUACACCUGCACAGCCUGGAACAGUGUCACCUCACUCAACACAACAGCAACUGGAGCCAGUACAGGAGGGACCCCAGAGGCAACUGAAGUGGGGAUUGGAGCCGAAGGAGAAGCCUCCCAUGCAACAGAAGUGGGGACUUCCAAGGUGACUGGAGCCAAGAGCGGAGCCUCUGAGGCGACUGGAGCAGGGACAGGAGCUGGAGGAGGGGCCUCCGAGGCAACCAGAACGGCAGCCGAGGGAGGGAGGGAGGACCAGGAACUGGAGCAUGGUCAUAAAUCAGCAGGUAUGGGAAGCCCAGAAGAGUAUACGAUCUCUGAGGCAACACGAGCAGGACCUAGAACAGAAACAGGGGCAGGACAGGACUCGGGAGCGGGCAAAUCAGGCACAGGCACUGGAGCGGGCUUGACGUCAUCCAUUGCACGGGGCAGCAGAGAGACCUAA